CUCACCCUCCUCAUAAACCCGGUUAGUACAAUCUCGAAAAUUGGCCCGGGCUUGGGUGGGUGCUUGGCCGUACUUAUGUUAUGGUUCCGCCUGACGCUUGAUCUGCUCGAUCCAGUCCUUAUAGCCAUUUCUGUUGUAUCAGUGUUCAGUUUGGAUGUAUAGUAAACUUGGAAUUUUACAGUAUGGGGUGAAGCAACAAAACAGAGCCAACGCUUACUGAGUGAAUGGGAAUACUAUGACGAAAGAGAAGGAUGAUUGAAUUGAUUAAGAAACGGAAGGGAUUCAUUCUACGAUUACUGCUAGUGGUUGUGAUUUUGACGUUGUGCUUCCUGUUAAUCGAUGAAUGGAUAGAAUGUAAAAAACAAUUAAAGAAACUAGAACGUGCAAAACUUAUGUUUUCUGCAAGACACAAUAUAGAUGGGACCAUUUCGAUCCAUGGAACUUUGCGACCAAAACGAUGUGUUGGAUGUUUCAAGUAUAAUUACAGAAUGUUAAAAGAAUAUCCUGCAACCUGCCAAAACCAGGAGAACAUCCAGUUAGUUGUGUUGAUAUUGACAACACCUAAAGCUUUAAAAAGACGGAUGGUCAUCAGGGAUACAUGGCUGAGUUAUGCCAAGAAAAAUUACGCCAACGUCCGAUACGCAUUUCUUCUAGGUGCAGUCAAUGAUGUUGACAUCCAAGAAACUAUAGAUUUAGAGGAUAAGCACUACAGGGAUUUCAUUCAAGGGGAUUUCCCAGACAAUUACUACACAAUCACUUUGAAAACUCUUUUGGGGUAUCACUGGGCUGCAAAGCACUGUCCCAACGACGCAUUCAUAGUGAAAACAGAUGAUGAUGUUUUCAUCAAUAUUCCAGCUAUCCUAGGCCUCCUCAGAACCCACAGUGAUAUUCUACAACAUUCCAUCGCAGGAUUCUGUAGAAAAGAUAUAGAACCGGUUAGGGAUAUUGAAUCCAAGUACCAUGUCUCAUAUUCAGAGUACCCUUUGGAAAAGUUCAAUGGGUAUUGUUCAGGAACUGGUUAUUUGACCAGUAUCAAUGUUGUAAAGCAUGUAGCUCAGAUUUCUGAAAAUAUUCCCUUUUUUCACUUGGAGGAUGUCUAUGUUGCAUUUUGUAUGGAGGAACUAAAUUUUUCAUUGUAUCAUAUCAACGGUUUUAACACAGUUUAUGAUGAGAAGAAACACACGAACUUGUGUAUGUUGAGAACUGAUUCAGUUUUCGUCUUGCACAAUUUUGAGAAAGAACCAUCAUUUUUACUUGAAAUAUGGAAUGCAAUAUGUUGAACUCCAUCCUGAUUACCCAAAAUGCAGCUUUAGGAUUUGUUGAAAGAAUCUUGUAAAAUGUUGGUUUUCUCUACAACAUUAGGUACCCCUUAUGUGAUGCGUGUGUGUGUGACAGCAUGAAAGGGGGGGGGGGGGCACACAGAUUAGAAGAAAGUACUCUGUGUAGUGGCUAAUGUAAUAUGAAUAUCUCUGUUUAACUUCAAAGAAAAGUAUGCAAAUUUAUGUAAAUAUUGGGAAUUUUGGAAUAAUGUUGCAUACAUUUGCUACCAGUUACUAUAAUGUAUUUGUUUUUCCUGGCCAUAUUAGUCCCACUACUUGUUAAACUCUAUGUGUGAUUUAUACUUAGAAGGCUACAACAUAUUCCCCAUCUUAAUGUUAUUAUAUGUAUGAAUACCCGGUAUAAACCUUGUGGAGUAUUAUCCGAAUCCAACUCCUUGCUUAGUCUUGUCACCUACAUACGCUUUAAUUUAUUUACAUGUACACAUUCAAUUUAUACAUAUUUUUUUUUAUAUGUAAUCAAAUGAGUCUCAUUUUUUAAUUUGGCAUAAUUCAUUUUAUUAUAUAUGUUUUUUUACCUCUCUUCGAAGCUGUUCAAUUAUUUUUAACUUGCCCUUUCAUUUACGUACAAUAUUUAAGUCACAUUUUAUUCAAUUUUUAUAGAGCUUGAUGCAUCUUAAUCUUGCAUAUGAAAUCUAAAUGUAUUGAGGUUAUAGUAAUUUUGUUGGGAACACAUAUUCAUGUUUGGAGGCUCCGUUUGAAAGGGACAAUCUUUAAACAGUGAAUUAUUUUUUGAAAGAUGUACAUAUGUAGACUAACUACAUCUUUAAAAAAUAAUGAUUCAUUGUUAAUAUUUGUCUAUACGUUUGUGUGCGGCCUUUCCAACUUGGUUUUGUCGAGAAUGCCUAUGAUUAAAUCAUUUUACUGCU